AUGGACAAAAUCUGUAAAAAAUAUAAAAAUCGUCUUCAGACGCAGAAAGCCAAUGUAGAGGAUUUUGGUCCAAUUAUGUAUAACGACCAGUAUAAAGUCUUGUAUUGUCAAGUUCCUAAAGUUGCCAGCACGAAUUGGAGACGAGUGUUUUUGAUUCUAUCUGGGAAAAUGAACACUACAGAUCCCACCAAAAUAUCUUCUAUUCAAGCAGGUAGAGGUUUAGGUGAACAUUUGCACUACCUAAGUCAAUUAGAACCUCAAGAAAUACAAUUUCGCUUAAAGAAUUAUUUAAAAUUUAUGGUGGUUCGGGAGCCGUUCGAACGCCUAUUAUCUGCUUAUCGAAAUAAACUUGGUGCCGGAAGCAGUACAAAUUAUUAUUUUCAUACGCGUUAUGGAAAGGGAAUCAUUAAAAAAUACAGAAAAAAUCCGACUAAUAAAUCUUUGGAGAAUGGACACGAUGUGAGCUUCCGUGAGUUCAUUGAGUACAUUAUAGAUCCAGAGAGAAAAGACCGGUUAAACCCACACUGGGCCACAUAUCACGAACUGUGUCUACCCUGCAUUGUGAAUUAUAAUUAUAUAUUGAGGUACAAAACACUAACUGAAGACUCGAAUAGAAUUAUUGACAAAUUGGGUGUUUCGGAUAUUCUGAAAUUUCCAUCUCGAUCAACUGCCUACCGUCAUUCAAAAACCUCAUCACUUCUGUAUGAUUUUUAUAAGACUCUCCCCAGUAAGAUCAUGUCUAAAUUAAUAGACUUCUAUUAUCUAGAUUUUGCUUUGUUUAAUUAUACUUUACCUUCGGUUUUAAAGAACUUGACAAGGAUGAACAGCUUUUCCUAA